AUGGGUGAGGAGAGUUGGGGAGGCUUCCUGGAGGAGGUGGCAUUUCAGCUGGUCUUAAGAUAUUUCACCAAGUACAUGGGGGCAGGCGGUGAGGACCUGGCUGCCCGGCUGCCCAGCUUGCUGAAAGUGAGAAAGAAGUGGGUCUAUGCGACCUUUUGCAGCCUCUUCUUCCUGCUCUCAGUGGUCAUGACUGGCUGCUUCCUGUGGCAGUAUCACCUCCCCAAGCUGAAGACCGGUUCCUUGGGACCAGAGGUGAUCUCUACUCCCAUGAAGAUGUGUCCCAGGUACCCUGAGCCUGUGCCCCUGGCCCACCCCCUCCCUGUACUGAAGGAGGCCCUGGAAAAGGUAGACAGGGGCCUGCGCCAGGCAAUGUCUGCCCCAGGCCUGGCUGCCAUGUCUGCAGUUGUCAUCCACAAUGACACUGUGCUCUGGACUGGGAACUUCGGGAAGAAGAAUGGUUCAGACCCAGCUUCUGGGACCCCCAAUGAGUACACCAUGUACAGGAUCUCCAGCAUCUCCAAGAUCUUUCCAGUCCUCAUGCUGUACCGCCUGUGGGAGGAGGGCACUGUAGCUUCCCUAGACGACCCUCUGGAGAGGUAUGCCAGCACCUUCAGCAUUAACAACCCACUGGGCAUGGCAUCGGCCCCCGAACAACGGGGCCUGAUGGAUGGGCUGUUGGAGGAGCGCCCAGCCCCAAGGCCUUCACCUGUCACCCUCCGAAGGAUGGCCAGCCAGCUGUCAGGGCUGCCCAGAAGGCUGCGUUCCACCUCGCUGCUGUGGAGGGGUAGCACCCAGGAGGCCCUGAGCCUACUCAAGGAUGACGUGUUGGUGGCAGACCCAGGAACCAGGUGCCAUUACAGCACGCUGGCCUUCUCGCUCCUGGCCCAUGUCCUGGCAGCCCACACCGCCCAUGGUGACUACCAACGCUGGAUCUCGGAGAACGUGCUGGAUCCUCUGGGGAUGGCGGACACUGGCUUCGACCUCACGCCCCUCGUGCGCGCCCGCAUGGCAGCUGGCUUCUACGNUCGCUCGAGCCACGGGCUGUCCCCCGGCUUCGACGUGCCUGGCCUCAACACGUACCGGGUCCUGCGGCUGCAGCGCAAGCCUGUAUUCCAGACCCAGUGA